GGAGGGUGUUAGGGGGCGUUUCUCCAGGAGGAAAGCUGAGAGCUGCGACGCUGAGGAAGGGGACCCCAAAACGUCUGGCACUGCCCCCUCCAGGGAUCACUUUGGACCGCCUUACUCGGCCCAGCGGGAUUCAGAAACGCCGAGGGGUCAACCUGAUGGGUUUCGGGGUCAACGGAAGAGGGGAAGGGGAGCCCUGGCGGGGUGAACCCCCCGGUCCCCCGCCAAGCAGCUGAGGCACAGGAGGGCGGCCAUCUUGGCCGGGAGGGUAGGGCUGGGGAGCUGCGGGCGCCGUGCGAUUGGGGGGCUCGCCCGGAAGUGACGCCAACUACCCGGAAGCGGAGGGGGUUCCCUGGCCCACUCCCCCCUCGUUCGUUUGCUCCCCCGCUUCCUCCCCGCCCCCCUUCCUCUCCAUUCGUUCCCCCCCCCUCCCCGUUCCCUGCCUUCUUACCCCCCCCAACCGUCCCUCCCCCCCCAACCUCCGGAGCUGGGAAGAGAGUCAAGAUGGCGGCGAAAUCCGAUGGCGGUGGCGUGGGGGUGGGCUUCGCCCAGCUGCACAACCUGGACGAGGCGGUGGGCAGCGGCGGCGAGGAGGACGGGGAGCCCGGGGGAGGCGGCUGCGGCGGCGGCGGCGACGGCAGCGAGCCCGGCGAGAGCAGUUCGCUGCACAUCUGCCACUGCUGCAACACCUCCUCGUGCUACUGGGGCUGCCGCUCCGCCUGCCUGCGCUCCCUCCUGGGCAAGAAGCCGCGCCGCAGCGCCGCCGCCGCCGACGGGGGGGACCAGCCGCUGCAGCCGCCCGCGGCCGCCGGUCGCCAACCCCCGACGCCCUCGGCCGAGCGGCCGCAGCCGCCGCAGGUGGAGCGGCCGUGGCUCGACUGCCUGUGGAUCGUGCUGGCGCUACUGGUCUUCUUCGGGGACGUGGGCACCGACCUGUGGCUGGCCCUCGACUACUACCGCAAGGGGGACUACGGCUACUUCGGGCUGACCCUCUUCUUCGUGCUGGUGCCGUCGCUGCUGGUGCAGAGCCUGAGCUUCCGCUGGUUCGUGCAGGACUACACGGGCGGCGGGCUGGGCGCCGUGGAGGGGCUCAGCAGCCGGGGCCCCCCCAUGAUGGGGGCCGGCUACGGCCACGGCGUGGGGCCCUCGGCCACGCCGGGGGCGCAGCGCCUCUGCCGCCUCUCCGUGUGGAUCUGGCAGUCGGUCAUCCACCUGCUGCAGAUGGGGCAGGUGUGGAGGUAUAUCCGCACCAUGUACCUGGGGAUUCAGAGCCAGCGGCAGAAGGAACACCAGCGACGCUUCUACUGGGCUAUGAUGUACGAAUAUGCAGACGUUAACAUGCUGCGCCUCCUGGAGACCUUCCUGGAAAGCGCCCCCCAACUGGUGCUACAGCUCUGCAUAAUGAUCCAGAAGAGCCGCGCCGAGACGCUGCCCUGUGUCUCCUCUGUGACUUCCCUGAUGUCCCUGGCUUGGGUGCUAGCCUCCUAUCACAAGCUGCUGCGGGACUCCAGGGACGACAAGAAGAGCAUGAGCUACAGAGGGGCCCUCAUCCACCUCUUCUGGCGCCUCUUCACCAUCUCAUCCAGAGUGAUCUCUUUUGCCCUCUUUGCUUCCAUCUUCCAGCUCUACUUCGGGAUCUUCGUGGUGGUCCACUGGUGCGCCAUGGCCUUCUGGAUCAUCCAUGGCGGAACAGACUUCUGCAUGUCCAAGUGGGAGGAGAUCCUCUUCAACAUGGUGGUAGGGAUUGUGUACAUUUUCUGCUGGUUUAACGUCAAGGAAGGGCGGACUCGAUAUCGAAUGUUUGCCUAUUACACGAUAGUCUUGACCGAGAAUGCUGCCUUGACGUUCCUUUGGUAUUUUUACAGAAACCCAGAGACCACUGACUUCUAUGCGGUGCCAGCACUGUGUUGCGUCUUUAUUAGCUUUGUGGCUGGGAUUGCACUGAUGCUCUUAUAUUAUGGCGUGCUGCAUCCCACGGGGCCGCGAGUUAAGGUCCUUGCCAGCUCCUGUUGUGCCGAGCUGCUCUGGGGCAUCCCUUUGCCCCCCGAUGUUGAGCCCAUGGCGCCUCAGACCCCUGGGUACCGGGGGACCCAGGUCACGCCUACCAGAGCCGUAACGGAACAACAGGAGGAUCUCACGGCUGACACUUGCUUGCCCGUGUUCCAAGUGAGACCCAUGGGGCCCCCCACCCCGACGGGGCGUCCUUACCUCCCAGAAGGGCCCCUCAUUAAGAUUGACAUGCCGAGAAAGAGAUACCCAGCUUGGGAUGCUCAUUUUGUAGACAGGAGGUUGAGAAGGACUAUUAACAUUCUGCAGUAUGUCACGCCCACCGCGGUGGGCAUCCGGUAUCGGGACGGACCGCUCCUUUACGAGCUGCUACAGUAUGAGUCUUCGCUCUGAGAGCAUCCUGACCCAAGUUGAGAAGGGGACCUGAAGUUUGGUUUGCGGUAAAGCCGCCUGCAAGAAAUAUAACCCUCCCUUCCCCCAAAACACAGAACCACCACCACCACCACCACCACCACCACCAACAAUGCUCCAAAAAAAAGAAAAUAAUAAGUCACAACCCCUUCAGAUAAGCUUUCUUUCCAGUCGCUGUAUGUAUACAAAGAUAUUCUCUAUGUUUUGUAAGUAAAAACAAAAAGAAAACCUUUCUUUUGUUUUUUACACAUAAGUAACAGUAUUGAAAAAAAAAAAUCCCACACUAUGGUUUAUAGGGUGGAGAAGGAGCGGUUGUCUCCACUCCAAAAGAAAAAAAAAACAGUUUUAUACCUUACACCAAGUGUAGAUCAUUUCCGGGAUUGGUGCUGAUUGAAAGAACAAAACAAAACAAAACAAAACAAACAAACAAAACCUUCAACUGCCUUAUGCCCUUAGGUGCUGAGUUUCAUUAAGUACUGUCACAUUUUCUCAUGCAAAACUCUCUGGUGAUUUUUUGCACCGGGAGAGGGAAAAUUAAACAAUCAAAUGAAACCAAUCUAGAAAUGAAACAAACAAAAAAAACAACCAACCGAUGGAUAAAACUCAAAGCAAUCAUUCUUCCUAUCUGAUUAUUUGUAUUGAAGAAAACAAAUUGACCCAAAGCAAAAGCAUUGAAACCCCCUCCCUCUUUUUUGCUUUCUCUCCCUCUCCUCCUGUCCCUGCCUCCAACUUCUCAGCCCCUUCUAGGAGCCAGAGGCCAUUUGAAACUCAGAUGGUUGGCAGAGCUCCCUGAAGGCCAGCUAGGUGCCAUUUCAGUGUUCACCUAGUAAGAAUCACAUUUGUUUCCUGGUGAAAAGCAAAACAGAAAAAAAACAAACGCCACCCUAAUAAUUCGAUAAGAAUAGGAAAUUCUAAAGCAAACUAAAGGAGAUUUCCAUAUACGUCAUCAAAGAGAAUCAGUAAUAAUAAAACUCAGCAUAGUAGCAAAAAGAACGACAUCAAUUUAAAGGCACAAUACUUAAUCAGUGACUGGCAAAAAUGAUCUGUUCUGUCAUUUUAAGGCCGCGAAAGGUAUACAUUUAUCACAUGUGAUAUUGGGGAAGGCCUCUUCUGUUUCCAUUUGGUGGGAAGCCUUAAAUUGAUCUGGAAAGAAUUCAUUUUUUCAUUUGUGCUUUUUAAAAAUAGUUAAAACGAGGAAAAUUAGAACAUAAAAAAAAUCAAAUUGUAAUAACCUACCCAUUUCAAAGACUGUUUGGUGCUUCUGUCUUUCACCAUUGUGGUUGGCUGAAAGGUGUUCAGCUCACUUGGUGCAUCUGGGUUGAGUGGGGAAUUUUGUGUGUGUUGCAUGUGUGUGUGUGUGUGUCUGUGUGUGCCCAUAGUACACACACACACACACACACGCAUACACAUAUGUGUGUGCAUGUGUGUGUGUGUGUUUACGUGUUUGUGUGUGUGUGUGUCUGCUGCAAAGUCUUGCCAGAAAUGUAGAAAAAGUGAUAUAAGAGAGAUUCUGGGUAUGGCUAAGGUCAAGUGUAAGGGGCUGGGAAGCUGGGGAGGGGAUGCGGCUUGAUCUUGAGUUUCUGUCUGAUGGCAAGACACAGCAGCAGCAUACUCUGGGUCUUAGAAGGCGUGUCAUUCGGGUGAAGGUUUGCUUCAAUUAUUUAUUUUCUCAUUGUACCAAGUUGAAUUUCUCGAGGUGUUGCAAGUAUGUUCAAACCAUUUUUUAAACGUUAUUUUUCAAAGUAUUGCUCCUGUAAGGAAUAUUUUAUUUUAGGUCAUCGUUUCAAUCCCAUCAUCUCUCUACUUGGGCACUAAAAACAAGAACAAAAAAAAGGAAAAGAAAAAAAUCA